GCGGUGAAGCUCGACCAUCGUAUGGUGGGGUGUCGCGUUGAAGCCCGACCAUCGGAUGGGAGGAUGGCAGGAUAGGAGGAUGGGAGGAUGGGAGGAUGGGAGGAUGGGAGGAUGGGAGGAUGGUCGGGUGGUGGGAUGGUUGGAUGGGAGGAUGGCAGGAUGGCGGAAUGGCAAGAUCGGAGGAUGCUCGGGCGGCUGGAUGGCAGGAUGGCAGGGUUGCAGGAUGGCAGGGUUGCAGGAUGGCAGGAUGGUGCGACAGUCAGGUGGACUAAUGAAGCUCGACCAUCGUAUGGUGGGGUAUCGUGUUGAAGCCCGACCAUCGGAUGGGAGGAUGGAAGGAUGGUUAGGUGGUGGGAUGGGAGGAUGGGAGGAUGGGAGGAUGGCAAGAUGGCAGAAUGGCGGAAUGGCAAGAUGGGAGGAUGGUCGGGCGGCAGGAUGGCAAGAUGGCAGGGUUGCAGGAUGGCAGGAUGGCAGGACGGUCGGGUCGAGCGGUGAAGCUCGACCAUCGUACGAUGGGGUGUCGCGUUGAAGCCCGAGCAUCGGAUGGUGGGGUGUCGCGUUGAAGCCCCGCCAUCGAUGGUAGGGUGCCGCGUUGAAGCCCGACCAUCC